AUGUCCAAGAGCACCAUCUACAGUGCUCUUGAUCUGAUAGACGGGUUCUAUCAGCUCCUGAUGCGUGAGAGCGAUAUCCCUCUCACGGCAGUAAGCACCCCAAGCGGUAUGCUUUGGGAGUGGCUAGUUAUGCCGCAAGGACUGAAGAACGCCCCUGCGACCUUCAAUAGAUGCGUCACGCAUCUAUUGCGCUCGUACGUGGACAACUACGCAGGCAAGAUUCGCCCGCUGUCGCAGCUCCUGAAGAAGGAAGCUGCGUGGAAAUGGACUGCUGAGUGUCAGCAGGCGUUCGAUGCAGUCAAGCUGGGCUUGACUGAAGCGCCGAUCUUGGCGGUGGCUGACCAAGAUCGCCCCUUUCACGUAGUGUGUGACGCAUCCGAUUUUGCGAUCGGAUGUGCGUUAAUGCAACUCGAUCACGAGGGCCUUGAUCGAGUCGUCUACUACCAGUCGCGUCAGCUGAAUCCAGCUGAGCGAAACUAUCCUGUGCAUGACAAGGAACUCCUUGCCAUGAAGUAUGCACUCGCGAAGUUCCGAGUGUACUUACUCGGCAACACGCCGUUCGUGGUCUAUACGGACCACGCGUCGUUGCGGACGACUGUGAAGUCUUCGCACAUCUCGCAACGAAUGAUGAGAUGA